UUUUGUCGGUCGCUGUACGCCGGCCGCCGUUUCCUCGUUCGACUCGUUCCGAUCCGGUCACGGUCUUACCUCCGAAAAGGCAGCUCUCAAUUUGCAACCCGUUUUUGGCGCCAGUUUGUCUUCAGCUCGUCUACCACACUCAGGCCGUUAUCGAUCGUCCGGACGGAGCUUCAUUGGACAGUUUAGUGUGCGGCUCAGUGCCGAACUCUGCGUAGUUGUGUCUUAUCGGUGCUCGAUUGUGGUGCCCUCGCACGUGUAGCACGUACUGUUUGAACGACAAGCAUUGUACUUAUCAGGCGGGAAAGUGAACCGAGUGCAACGAGAACAACCAAUACGAGCUCCACGAUCAACUCCAGCUAGGAACAUCCAAUUCUCCAUCCACAUUCUGAACAGUGCUGUGUAGUGCACUGCAGCGCCAGCGAGGAAAGCUCUCAACAGGAGUUAGCAAGCCACAACAAUCACCACAAAGCAACAUCAUGUCGCAGCUGACGAUCACCAACAUCCCGCGCCGGCAGAGCAUCCCGAUCCUGUACACCAGAGGCACCCACUAUGACGUCGGCUAUGACGUGGGUCGUACUUUUGGGUCGAUCAUCAAAAAUUUUCUACAACUCUCUGGACCGCUGAACAACAGCUAUCUGCCACUGUACCAUACCGAGGAAGGCCGUAAAAUUUACAACGCAACGUUGGAAAGCGUGAAGCGAUCGUUCCCGCAGUACGUGCGGGAGCUGGAGGGUACGGCCGAUGGCGCGCAGGUGGAGUUCCACAAGCUGUUCCUGUUACAUCUCGAUGAUAUUCUGCCGGUGGUGGCGGAGGGUCAGAACUCCAUAAACCAGCCGAUCGGAUGUUCCACCAUCUGCGUGAACGAGCCCGACUGCGAAAUCCUUGCCCACACGGAGGACGCACUGGCCGAGGUGCUGAACCAUUACUACUUCGUGUCGGCGCACAUCAUCUCCGACAGCCCGCAGGGCAAGUACAACGUGACCGAGGAGCGGUUCACCUCCCUUUGCUACGCCGGCCAUCUGCCCGGCUACACGAUGAACUACAACCACCAUGGGCUGGUCUUCUCGAUCAACACACUCAGCGCGAAAACGCUCUGCAGUGGUAAAACGCCGCGCCAUUUCAUUACCAGGGCGCUGCUGUCGGCGGAAAACUUCAUCCAGGCACAACAGAUCCUGCGGGACAAUGGUGUUGGGGCGGCGGACGGAUGUUCGGUCAAUAUGACGUUCUUGAAGCAGGAAGGGGACCGGCUAUUCCACAACGCUGAAAUGGGGCCGGCCAUGUCUGGAGACCAGUCGCAGCUGAACAUCUUCACCGCCAGCCCGGGCGAGUGCAUCAUGCACGCGAACAAGUACCUCCGGCUGCCGGUGCCGGAAGUGACCGGGCUCAUCAUCGACUCGUCCGUCGAGCGGAUGAAGACGUUCGGCGGCUUCCAGACGCCCCGCUCCGUGCACGACGUGAUCAAGAUGCUGGGCGACACGAGCGCCCAGGAGCACACGGUGUUCCGCGAGAACGGCUCCAAGGAUGUCAUCAAGACGGUGUGCGUCGGCAUCUUCGACUGCAUUCGCCGCACCUGGACGCUCUACUCGGACAACCCGAAGUUCAAUGCACCGCUCGUCGUGUUACCGCUCGUGCUGAAGGACUAAUGAUUGACGGGUGACAUCGAAACACACAUCUCCGGCGGCGCUGACACGGUGGGUGUAAUGUUUGGCAGGCGGCAACCGCGGGCGAAAUUUUCGACCAACCACUAUACUUCACCUCUCACCACAUGCCCCUUGUUCCACAUGUUAUUUUUCUAAAUUAUUUUAUUAUACUUUUAACAAUGGUGAAAUAUACUACGCUUAUUCCACAAGGGAAAA